UGGCAAACCCAUGAUGUUCAUUUGUUUUACUUGAUGACCAAAUCUCAUGUAGGUCAGACCCAUUCAACUCUUUUAUUUUAUGGUUAGCGGUUAGCCCAUUAGAUACCAUGCAUUAGUCUAUUGUUAAAUUUUUUAUUUUUAACAAUAAAAAGGAGUAUUAUUUUUGCCUUUUCAUAUAUAUUUUAUCACCACGGAUAAAUAAAAGGGUAUAAAGAAAAAAAUUGACACUCCUGGACUCGUUUAAAUCCGCAUGUGUACGGUAAGUUGGCCCGUUCCACAGAGGAAAGAGAAAAAAAUUAACACUCCCUAUUCUACCCUUCCUACAAACGCUCAUGGAACAGGGAAUUUGAAAUGAGGGAAGAGUUUUUUCCACCCUGCUAUUAUAUGUUUUUAAUUUAAAAGGAUACAACAAAUGUACUUAGUGUGAUUGGUUAUGAUCCUUGCUUGUCUUUAAAAUGGUCAUGGUUCAAAUCCUAGUACAUAUCUUUUUAAUGAAUAAAAAAAAGUAAUUGUGAAGACCAAAAUGUCAUUCCUACUUUCACUCUCGUUGCAGGAAAUUUGAAAUGGGACUCCCGUUUUUCCCUUCGGUGUAUUAUAUUAUGUGUAGAUGACUCUUGGUUAUAGAUGUCGAUUUGAGACCUCUGACUCACAUUCAACAAUUACUACUCUACACAUUAGGCAAUCCACAACCAAAACAAAUAACAUCUACAAGGAGCUCUGUCAUGUAUGAAUAUGAGAUUGCUUUCUGUUAGAGGGCGUGCACAAGAGAGCGCAACCAUCCUUAGCUCGCACAACCAAAUCCAAAGAAGCAAAGAACAUAUUGAUGAACAACAAAAUCAGAGAAUCUUCAGGGACAUCAAUUAACAGGAGCAACAAACGGAUAAGCUAAUCAGUGGCAAAGAAGAUAGAAAAGAAGGAAUGUCAAUGGGGCAGGUCGGGACUAGGAGCAUAGUUAGGAUUUUAUUUAGAAUGGGUUCACUUUUAAAAAAUAUAUACAUGAUAAAAUAUAUUUUGUUAAAAUUUUUAAUUGUUCCAAUAUAAUAUUAUGUUCGAAUUUUUUUGAUAAAUUAAAAUAGUCAAAACUAUUAAUAAUAUCACUUUUUUAUACCAAAUAAUUAUUCAUAAUUUAGUUAGUCAUUUGCUUUUAAAUGUUUUCAUUUUUGUCAAGAGUCGUUUAGUAUCAAUAACUCGAGUUGUUGAGAGAGAUUUAAUAAUGAAUGUUAUACAAAAAAAUUAUUCAUGAUUUAGUUACUCGUUUGCUUUCGAAGUGUAUUCUUUGUCAAGAAACUUAGUAUCAAUGACCCAAUUUAUUGAGUGAGGUUUAUUAAUAUAUUUUAUAUCUUAUACUAACACACCCCGUAUAAGAAAGUAAGCUUAUAUGGAAUUGAAGUUUGUACAAAUCUUAAUACCAUGUGUUUACAAAUGAGGAUGCCCAAACACAAGAUCUUUCUACCAACUAUUAUCAAUUAGAUGUGCCCUAAUUUUCAGCAUCAAUUAACUAUAGUAACUAAUUUAACUAUUUUCCUCCCGAGCUAGGGUAGGUCUCGAGACCCACCCUAUUACCCUCUAUCUCGAUCAUGAGGCGCGAGUUGGGGCAGGUCUACCCAUAUGUGUAUCUAAUUUAAUAAUAAUAUUCAUUUUUCAUUACAAAAAUCAAGAAACAAAAUAGAAAAUGGUAAAUGUAGAAAAUUAUUUAAAAAUUGAUGUUCUCACAUAUUUACAACUUUACUAUAGCUAAAAUCAUAAGUAAUAAAAGUAAAAUCCAAAAUAAUUUUAGUAAAGGACGUGUAAUUAGAGGAAAACGAUUCGAUAAUGGGGAGGGUCAAGGCAUGUCAGGUCGAUGAGCUUACCCAUGCUCGCCGGCCCUGCCUAUGGGCUGGUAUUACCCAUUCAAAAUAGGUCAAAUAGGUCGGAUAAAAUGAGUCAGGUCGAUGACGAAUUGGGGGCAAUUAGGGAGGAGGGAAAAAAGUAUCGAGAAAAAGAUUAGUUAAAUUAAAUUAUUUAAAAAUACAUAUUAAUUAUUUAUUCACAAAAUUUUAUUUUUUAAAUAUUAAUUUUCUACGUGACACGUACAUGUGUGACACCUAAGCGUCACAUUAGCAACGUUAAACAUAAGUUGACUAUCAUUAAUUCAACUAUUAAUUUUAACGGUCAACUAAAAUUUGUAACACAAAUGACUAUGAAUUCCAAUAGUUUGGACUAUUACUGUAAUUAUUGAAGUUAUGUAAUUUAAAUGAAAAUUAUGCUAAGAGUUUAUAUUUUUAGUGGUAUUAACUCUAAUAUUUUAUACCAAAAUAGCCAUUUUUGAAAAGAUUGGGCAAAUUAAUAAUUUACUGUAAAGUUUGAGUCAUUUUAACAUAAUAAUCUAAAAGAAAUCCAGGUCUAUUAUUAAAAGAAUAUGCCGUUAACCCAAAGCCUCCCACAUGCACCAUCAAAUCACAACUUUGCUUAGAUGAUUGAUUAGUACGUUUGAGCUGCGAGUAAUUAUUUUAGCCUGGAUGACUCAUACCGCAAUUCCCACAACUAUCAUUGCACAUAGUAAAGUUAUAUGCAGAGAAUAAUCACAAAGCUUAAAUUCCUGUCAUCUCCAUAUACUCCCAAAAGAUGCAAAGGUAGCAUAUAUGAUGCAGAAAAUUAUAAUUAAAAAUAAAAGAAAGGCAUAUGAUUAAUAACAAAAAUAAUAAUAAAAAAGUGGCGCCAUCAUGGUGUAUUGAGAUAGACGUAAUAACAAAUCAACAUCAUUAACAACCUAACCUCGAUACACAUAUAGUAAAAAUGCACAUAUUUUGCACUCAGCAACUCUUCCUUCCAAUAAAGUGAAGCGGUGGACAUGAGUCCUAUGUCUCAAGCAUCAAUUCUCAACCUGCAUUCUCUGUCUCAAUGCCAGAAGGGUUGCAACACAUGUGAAGUAAAAACCAGAAUUGACGUCUCUUGACUUGUGCAGAUACACACUAUCUCCUCUCAUACAAGUCCCGUGAGGAUGAGAGGCGUAAGGGGUGAAAGGUAAAAAAUAAUGAUCGUUGGACGCAAAAAAGCUAUCUGAACCCCAAACACAUAUCCUCAGAUAGCAAUAUUCUACACCCCUGCACUUAAACAUGUCAUUGUCCCCAAUAGAGCAAGAAUAAGGGUGGAAUGAAGUUAUCAAAUCAUUGUCAAGUGAAAGUCGGACUGGAUUUGAACUAGUUUCGAGGGAGAGAGAGAUCUCACGGAACAAACACAAAAACACAUAUUCAAACAUCACAAUAAAAGAAAAACAAACUAAGUAAUUCACAAUCACUCACCAAAAAGAGAAAAGAAACAUAAGUCUAGAGUCAAGGGGGAGUGAAAUGAUAGUAGUAUGGUGCCUAUAUGGAACUUACGACUGGUCGUCGUCCUGUGAUGGAUGCUCCUAGUGAGGAGGUGAAGGAUGCCAGUACGAGUACUGGAGAGUGGGAAGUAAUUCACAAUCACACACUAAAACAGUCGUCGUCCUGUGGCGGCAAUUGGCCCUUUUCAAUUGGAAUUGGUCGCUUGGCUCACAAACAUCCUCUUCUCAAAAUUUGGUCGCGACGGUUGGGGCUGUCUGACUUGUGUAGCUCGGUUGGACCUCAGACAAAGUUGGGUCUGCUGCACUAUCAUAUUUGCUUGUUUUAGCAAUAAAGUGAGCAUCUGAUGAGCUUGUAUCCUUGUCCCCUUCAUAUGCAUUAUGUCCCUUGGUGAUCCAUAUUCAUCUUUAGUGGUUUAUAACCUCGAAAAGCACAAAACAAUACAAAAAAGACAUCAAUAUUGCAAAAACACACUCAAGGUAUAUCAUAAGCUAAUUAUUCAAAUAGUUAUGAAUUUCAUAUGAAAUAUAAUCAAAACCACUAAAGAUGCAUCAAUAAAAGGGGGAUAUGGAUCAAGUAUGUAAGUGAUAAACACUAUAAAUAAAGUAUCAUCACAAAGCAGCCUAUAGGCCACAGAUUCUGAUGUUGUCUACUUGACCAAAUCAUUGCCUCGGAUCUUCCCACAAAGAGAAACCCUAAUCGCAGGUAGAUGAAACCCUAAUCGCCUGAACAUGAUAUGAUAUCAUAAGUAGUUUGUAUAGGGACCAUAAAUGGAGGCGAAACCCGCAAAGAGGCUCAAAAGCCAUGAAUACUGUAUAUAUAUAUUGUGAAUAUAAACACGCUCUUUGUACAAGCUAAGUAGCUAAGUUUAAUUACAGCGGUGGUAAACUUACUAAGCACUAACUACCAAUAAGAAAAGACACAUGUAAUGUACAAUAAUUAUUCAAACCCAAAUGGACACUAAGUAGAACGACACCGUUCACUUCCUAGCUCAUCGCUUGCUUUUGGUUGAAACGAUGUCGUUACAAGCUCUGCGGUGCCUUUGGUCGAGGUUUGAAUUCAACUGCAAUUUUUGAUUAAUCCAUACAAAAUAUUGUGUAGGAAAAGGAUAUUAUAUAGAAUUGCUGAAUUGGGAUAUCAAUGAAAUGCAUUGUCAUUAAGUUUGAGCAUGACAUCCACUGACGAGAACAAAAUUUGGCAGUGAGGUUAAAGGGGAAGAGGAGAUGUGUGAUGAUAUUGGUUUGAUGGAUGCAUGCUUCUCCUUUUCAAAAUAUGCGCAACUCUGGUAGCCGCGCACUAAUUAAGCAUGUACGUAGCAGUGGCACCUGCUGCUAAAGCAAAACAAUGACAAAAUUAUUCACUUGAAAUGCUCAAACCAUUUUUCUGCUGCGUGAAAAAGGUUUUUUUCCCUCAUUCGUCUUCCAACUACUUUUUGCUUCAUAUGAAAAAGGAAACAAGCACGCAUAGAGUCCAUGGUCUCUUACUCUCAUAUACAUUCUUCCUGCAUCUUCUACCACCAAAGUCGGAUCGUCUCCCCUGGUUGAAACCCACCAUUGGAGAAUCGAUUUAUUGGCAUGAAGGAUAACUUACGGCGAGAACAGAGAGUUUCCGUUUCCGUUCACACAAUCCCUCGACCGCUUUCUCGACACCGGAUCUGAUAGUUGUUGGCGUUGCAUGUUGACAGGACACUAGAAAUCCCAAACCCACAAAUCCCUACAUCUUGAGAUUGACCUUUCUUCCUCGACCAGUGAGUCCGAGAUAGAUGAGAUGGUGAGAAAGUUAAAAUUUCUCCAUUGGUGCACGACGCAGAAGAAAAUCGACCUCUUGGUCCAUACCUCAUCUUUCUGCGCAUAUAAUCGGCAAACGAGAGUAGCUGUCUGGUGGUGGCCCUUCCCUCCUUCAGCUUUACCUAUGGCGGCAAUUUGUUUUUGGUAGCACAACGAUGAUAUUUGUGAUUUUAGGGAUGGAGAGGGUUACGGAGGUUGCAGAUGGAAAGAUUUGCUGUGUAGAGAUGUUCGGGACAGGGAAAGAAUUAUUGUUGGUUGAGAGGUGGUUGGGUGUGGGGAGUGAGGAGGAGAAAGAUAAGGCGUGGUGGUCUGGUGGAGGAGGAAGCGAAGAGACAGAAGGGGGAAGUUGGAAGGAAAUAGAGACGGUGGAGAACAAAAGGUCAAAAGUCAU